AUGGCGAUUUGGGAAUUGUCCCUGGAACGGCGCCGUCGAAAACUAUAUUUACCUUGGAUGAGCCUUUUGGCUUCUUCUCAACCCCCACCACCAACGCCCUCCGCAGCACCAGAGAAUUCCGUCGUCUCUGGCCUCUCCCCACCCUCGCCGUCUUUUCUUUCUGCGCUUCUCUACGCUACGCGACAGCUACGUAGUACAUACACCCGACCACUCUACUCUACUCGCAACCGCUUCACCGUUAAAAACGCCGUCUAUAUGAGCCUUUCACAGAUCACGGACGGCUGCCAUUCGUUCUCGUUCAUAAUGACCUCAGGCGACGGCACCCAAAUCGCCCUCAAAGACCUCCAGCCUGCCAAAAGCCGUAGGAUACGGUUCGGAAACCUCCCAAACCCCCGUGCUGGCGCCCCGCAGCCGAGCGACGACGACCCCAAAAUGAGAACGAUCGACACCCGCUACGAAGGCGACCUGGUGUAUGAUGUCGUAUACGGUUCUGAAUCUCUUCGCAGGAAGCGUGAACUUGAGGAAGAUGAGCGAAGCGGUGCCGACGAGAAGGAUUUUGAUUUCGAAGACAGACGUCCGCCGGUGCAUGAACGAUUCUUCGCGGCGUUCUGGGCAAUACUGCGAGGCGUCAGGAAAAUGUUCUCUUGCACAAAGUAA